CGGGGAAACAAAAUAUAUUGCAAUAUUGGGGAAGAAAUCCAAUAUGUGAAUGCGGAGAGCCGUUGUAACUGAGGCUCAUUCCAAAAAAAAUCCUAAAAUAUUCGUGACCAAGUGGGAAUAAAACCACCCAUAUGCGUUUCCUUAUUAAAAGACAGCACAUUUUUUUUGCUUUGAGUGGAGUCUGGAACGGAUGAAUGGCCUUUCAAUGCAUUUUGAUGAGUUGAGAUGCUUUGCGUUACAACGGUGGCCAUGGAACCAAUUCAAAUGAGCAUUUCUUGCGCACUUAGGAAGUGCACUCUGCUCUGUCACGCGUGAAGCCGCGUACUACCGUUUUUCUCUCUUCAGAGCUCGCAAACUGGAGCCGAAGAAUCCAGCACGUGUUGCACACAAGCUCUCAGGCGCCACAAGAAGGUUUUUACGCACGCCCACCGAGGAGGAGGUGUCGGGAUGUCCUCCUCCUCGUCGUUCUCCUCCUCCUCGUCUUCGUGCCGCAGACAACAAGCGCGCAUUGACCACGCGAAAGUCCGGUGACAUCACGCGCACCUCCUAGCAUAAAAAGGGCCAUUCGGCCGCCGGGACGGACGGAAAAACGCAACGGGCCCGCGAGGAGGCGUCCGCUCGCUCAGCAUGGACGCCUCUCACGCGUAAUUGCGCAUCGGCCCACGUCGACAUGGACGGCAACCUGGGAGCCGUGUGCGCGCUGCUGCUCGUGUCCGUCGGGCUGCUGGCGGAGCGCGCCGGCUGCCAGCACUACUUCCUGCUGCGGCCCGUGCCGAGCGACAGUCUCCCGCUGGUGGACUUGCGCGAAGACCCGGACCCUGCGCUGGACCCCCGGGAGCGGGACCUCAACGAGACGGAGCUGCGGGGGAUCCUGGGGGACUUCGACGGCCGCUUUCUGGCGCUGUCGCCGCCGCCCCCUUUGCAGCCGGCGUCGGAGGAGGAGGCCAAGUCGGCCGAGCUGCCGGAGAUCGAUGACGAGACGCGGCAGAAGCUGCCCAAGGAGAUCCGCGCGCUGGACUUGGACGCGCAGCUGCUGGGGAGGCGUCACAAGGGCGGCAAGAAGCUGAAGCGACGCUUGCAGCAGUGGCUCUGGGCUUACUCCUUCUGUCCGGUCAUGCACUCCUGGAGCGACCUGGGCGUGCGCUUCUGGCCGCGCUACGUGCGCACGGGCAGCUGCCCGGCCAAGCGCUCGUGCUCGCUCCCGGAGGGGAUGACGUGCAAACCCGCCGCGUCUGCGCACCUCCACCUGCUCAGGUGGAGGUGCGCGCGCAGGAAGGCGGGGCUCAAGUGCGCCUGGAUCCCCGUGCGCUACCCCGUCAUCACCGACUGCAAGUGCGCGUGCGCCACAUAAAACUGCCGUCACGUCGCUCGCGCGAUUCGGGAUGGACGCCACAAAGACACGCACGCGCCAUGCUUGCUUUCAGGGCUCCUGCAAGUGCUGAUUGCCAAACAGGAAGGACCGCGGAUCAAGUUCAUCGUGGAUGCCAGCUCAACUGUUUGGUAGUCUUUGAGAGGACUGUUUCAAUAUUCUCGACACGCUGUGUUACCGUUCACCUCAAAUAAAGAUGUGCUGCUGCACCUGAUGGACCUGCAGUACCCC